AUGAGAAAUGUUAUGGGUGAACAACAAAAGUUCAUCUGUAUCGCGAUAGAACUUUAUAAGACGCUCAACCUUGACGCUGUAUAUCGGCGAGUUGGGAAUUGGCGGACCUCAUUCGAAAGCGGAGAAUCUGUACCGGAAAUGAUCAGCAGGAAACUGUCAUUAUACGCCGAAUUUUCGGAGUUCUCAAGAAAGCAGAUCAAAUUCUUCACGGAGACUUUCAAGAAGUAUGACGACGACGCUGAUGGUUUCAUUGAUUUCGAUGAAUUGAAACGAAUGAUGGAGAAACUUGGUGAAGCCCAAACUCAUAUUGCACUGAAGGAAAUCAUAAGAAAGGUGGAUGAAGAUCAAGAUGGUAAAAUUUCAUUGCGAGAGUUUUUCCUCAUCUUCCGUCUUGCGGCUCAAAAUCAAUUGGGUUGUUCUGAGGUGAGCUUUUGGAAAUUAUAA